UUAUUCAAGCUCCUGGAGAAUCCCACAAUAAAGGAAUCAAAUACAAAGAAUACCAAACCCGUGACCCCAAAACAGAGCAUUAUCCAGCAACCCAAAGAGACAAGUGCAUCACAAUCCCCCAGCCCUCAACCAACGAAAGAUCGGAACGAACAAAUAGAUAAAGAUCGGCAAACCUCCUCUGCUACUGUGGUGACUAACACCCCCAUUCGCAACAAGAUAACUCAGAACAACCAAACGCUGAUCCUCAACAGAAGCAGAUUGGUUAUUUGCCCUAUGUACAACCGUACAGAAUUACAUUCACUGGACCAACAAAGAACGUAUAUAUUUAAAAAAAUUGACUUAGUACUCAGAGGCCUCCUAUUACAAGGGAACGUUAUCAAUGCAGAUUUUCUCCCAAAUGACAAUAAGUAUAAUCGAGUGAUGCUGACAUUUAAAGAUGACUCGACCGCAAAACAAAUAUUAAUUAAUAAGGAAAAGUUGCACAGGGUAGGCCUGACAGUGACUCGCCUAUUCGAAGUGCCCGGCCCCCUCGCAUCUCAUCAAAUUAAAUAA